GAUCCAUCGGCAUACGCAUGGCGGUAGCUGGAGUCGGGACAGCGUAUCGCUUUCGCUUCCACCCGCACGGCGCCGGCGUCGGCCGCUCGAUGGCGUUUCCCCCGCCGCCGGGAUCCGGCUGCCCGUACAGCUCCGGAGCCCCGUUGAGCUCUCCCGCCUUCGGUGCGGCCACCGGGCCCGGGGUGCUUCAGCAGCAGCUGGAUGUCCUGGACUACUUGUCCGACGACGGCGGGGUGCCCGGCACGGUCGGCGCGCCGCUGCCGGUUGAGGCGGCGGUCGUGCCGGAUGUUGGCUACUGUGAUCAUACGAGUAGGGCGUCCGCGGUGGCGGCGAGCGGCAAGAUCGCGUUCCGGACGAGGUCGGAGGAGGAGAUACUGGACGAUGGCUACAAGUGGAGGAAGUACGGCAAGAAGUCUGUCAAGAACAGCCCUAACCCAAGGAACUACUACCGGUGUUCAACGGAGGGGUGCUACGUGAAGAAGAGGGUAGAGAGAGAUAAAGACGACGCAAACUAUGUAGUGACGAUGUAUGAGGGGGUUCACAACCAUGCGAGCCCUGGCACAGUUUACUAUGCUGCUCAAGAUCCUGCUUCGGGGCGCUUCUUUGUUACUGGGACGCAUCACCUAGCUCCUUGAUCAAACACUGGAUAACAUUUGGCGUCUGAUUGGUCUUCCUAGAAUGAAACUUAAUGGAGUUGCUUGUAAAGUUGUGCAAUACCUCUUUUAAGUGUACAUGUCUCAUAUUUUAGAGAGUAGAUCAAUCACUAAAAAAAAUACACUUCCGUGA